UGUGAACCCACUGUGAAAAGAUGACGCAAGCCCACACGCACACACCAAAAAACGCGCCAUUGCAAAGGUAUAUAUACCACCACCUCCCUCUUCACCUUCCCACCAUUUCCAUCCCAUUUUCAACAACCACAACCGCCAUGGGAAGAAGACCGGCGAGGUGUUACCGGCAGAUAAAGAACAAACCAUACCCGAAAUCCCGCUUCUGCCGCGGCGUCCCGGACCCAAAGAUCCGAAUCUACGACGUCGGGAUGAAGAAGAAAGGCGUAGACGAGUUCCCCUUCUGCGUCCACCUCGUCUCAUGGGAGAAGGAGAAUGUCUCCAGUGAAGCACUCGAGGCGGCGCGGAUUGCCUGCAACAAGUACAUGGCCAAGUUCGCCGGAAAAGACGCGUUCCACCUCCGCGUGAGGGUGCAUCCCUUCCACGUGCUCCGCAUCAACAAGAUGCUAUCGUGCGCAGGUGCUGACAGGUUGCAGACUGGGAUGAGAGGCGCGUUUGGGAAACCGCAGGGGACUUGUGCGAGGGUUAGUAUUGGGCAGGUGCUGCUUUCAGUGAGGUGUAAGGAUGGGAAUGCGGUUCAUGCUCAGGAGGCGCUGCGUCGCGCCAAGUUCAAGUUUCCUGGUCGCCAGAAAAUUAUUGUUAGCAGAAAGUGGGGAUUUACUAAGUUGAGCAGAAGUGAUUACUUGAGGUUGAAGUCUGAGAACAGAAUUGUGGCUGAUGGGGUCAAUUGCAAGGUUCUUGGGUGCCAUGGACCUUUGGCGAAUCGGGCGCCCGGAAGAGCUUUCUUGCAAGCUGCGGCUUAGGCCAUUUAGUUGUAGGAAGCUAAUUGAAUGUAUGAUUUGUGUUUUCACCUGAUGAAUGGGGAUUUCUGUUUGAAUUUGAACUGUAAGAAUAAAACUGUGUUUAGUCAUACUAGUAGGUAUUUGAAUUAUGUAUCUAAAUGUCUUCCAAGAUGUUAUGGGGCAUGAGAGAUGCAAAUUUGAUGUAUCUAAUUUGAUUGUUCUGUAAAGUUUUCGAAAUAUAUAAAUAAAUGUGUUGUUGUUUCA